AUGGAAGUAGACCAUCUAUAUCCGCAAACAGCAGUUGUAGCGGCUACUGCUGCUUAUGACAAUAGAUCGAUGUUAUCACAAGAUCUGACAAAACAUCAAUCUUCCAGAACGUCUCCUGGAUCCACCACAAGUCUUAGUAGUACUGCUAUCGGUAGUACCGCGUUUACAUCUUCAUCUACGUCAUCAUCCACACCGUCAAAGGAUACAGAACCAUCUGAACUUCAUAGGGGAUCAGGAUCGGUCCUCACUGCUGCUGCAGAACAAGAAGUAGUCAGAUCAUCAACAGUCUCGGAGUUACUUAAAAAUGCCGUCAGGGGCUCCAGCACCAGUGGCUCCAGCACCAGUGGCUCCAACACCAACGGCUCCAGCACCAGCGGCUCCAACACUACAACCAAACAACCAGUCAAAUCUCAAGUAUUGGCCAAACCUCCAAGUAAGAAUGAAUUUGAAUUGAAAAUUCAUUCCGACGGGAAAGUGCUAAAGGUCCAGAAAUCUAGACAACGGAAAAUCCAUUCAUGUAUCUAUUGUCAUCUGAAGAAAAUCAAAUGUUCAAGGGUUCAACCAACUUGUAAUCAUUGUGAGAAGCUUGGGUUAGAAUGUAAAUAUUUUGCUAAUGAGCGGGUCUCAAGAGGCGGUACCAACUUGAACCCAAAUGGUACAAGUUCAAACGGAAUGUCAGGGGAAACUAAUAAUCGUGGAGAAGAAUUUAUGUCUGCAUCAGAUUCUCAGCAACUCCAGCAGAGCCCUUUAACCAUUAAGAGAUCUUUAUCACCUAGAAUGUCUCCAAACCCUAAUAAAAAUAGAUGCAUUAUCAAACAAGAAGUUCAAGAUGAUGUUCCGGCAAAUGUCGCACCUUUUCCAACUUCACCUUCUCCUAUUUUGGAUGGCACUUCUAUUAUUAGUCCUCCUUUACCUCCACCUAAAUCCAACGGUGGUAAGAAUUCUGCCUCUUCGCAUUCACAUGCUUCAUCCAGUAGUGGUGGUAACAAUAAUCGGCCGCCACCUCCACCUAUACCAUUAGCUUCCGCUCGUCUGGUGAUGAGUGCCAUGUCAUCUCCAUUGGAUUUCCCCAUCUUUGACCAGAAUCAGUCCAACAAUAAUGCGAACUCAAAUUCAAAUCAAAAUAUUACAUUCAAUAACGCGUUGUUAUCAGGUAUAUCCCCUGGGCCAGGGAUUACAACUCCAACAAAUUCUCAGGCAAAUUAUCUUUUACAAACCCCCAUUAUCAAUAACGUGUCAAACAAUAUCACCAAUUCCUUUUUCAAUAAUGGUAAUGCUAAUCCAAACAACAGUAACAAUACCAAUAUUAACUCAAACUCAAAUAACCCUGCUAUUAACCCCAAUUACAAUAAUCCUCCGACAGGUGUUUCGAAUUUUGGUGAAGAGCAAUAUUCAUUCAAUUUACUGUCGUUUACCUUCAAGAAUGAAAUCAAGAAUUCUAAUAAUGGUGCUACGGGAAAGACAGACUCUUCCAAUCCAAAUAUCAUUACUUCAAAUCAACAAUCAAUGAAUUUGAAUCCAUAUCUGUCGAAUCCCGCAACUACUAUAAACUAUUUAUACGGAACAAACACAUACUACGAUAAUGACCAUCUUUUAGAAGACUUGGAAAACCAUUUACCCAUUUCACGAGAAAGGAGUCAUGAAUUGAUUGAAAGAUAUAUAAAUUCCGUCCACAUUUUACUUCCUAUAUUGAUCAAUCUUGAUGAUUUUGUUGCCCAACAUGAAUUUUAUUGGAAUAUUAGAACCAGAAAUGCUGGAUCAUCUAAUUCAAGUCCGAAUGACCCUUCACCUCAAGAAAAUAAUGAUGGUACAGAAACUAAUAAUUCCAAUGGAUCUGCUUCGAAUUCAGGUUCAGCAAAUGGCAGCUUUGCAAACCAAUCAGCUCCAUCAACAACUUCAUCGUCAUCAACUUCCCAACCUGAUUUUAAUUACUUGCAGUUUUAUACACUUUAUUUCCCUGUUCUUUAUGCAUCGACAAUCUCCGAGUUUGAAGAAUAUGAUAAUCUUUUAUUGAAUCAAGAUAUUAAUAAGUAUUUGAAAGCAUUCAACAAAAUCUGUCAAUAUUAUAAUUAUCCUCAUGGAAUUAAAAUAUUGCCGCUAUUAUUAGGUAAUGUUAUUAUCCAAUCUACUUCACCAAAUCCAUCAACUAUGGAAAUGUCACAAAUCAUUAGGUAUGCCAAAUUCCUUCAAAUGCAUAAAGAUCCAGUUUUAACUUUAAGGAUUACAGAUUGGGAAGUUAUCAAGUUUAGAAGAUUACUUUGGUGGGUGAUUUUUGGAUUAGAUGCCUUAACUUCUCAUAAUUUCUGUUUACCUCCAGUCUGUCAAUUUAAUGACUUUAAUGUCCUUAUGCCCGAUGAGGUGGAACCAGUAUUCAGUGAACUUAAUAAAGAUCAAAUUAUUGAGAAACGUCUUAACAUUGCAGUGAUGUCGAUGAAUAUUAAGUUUAAAUAUGAUCGUAUCUUGUCUGAUUUGGUUUAUCAGUUGCAUAAUGGACUUUCCACUGACAUUACAUCUGCAAAGGUUACAGAAAUCAAAUCCAUGAUUCUUGAAUUAUUCAAAGAUAUUAAUAAUUCAAUGCAUAGAUUAAACAAUUUCAUAAAGCAGAAUCCUCCGCAAACAGUUCAAGAGAUGAAUUUAAUUAAUUUUGUUAAGAAUCAUUCAUGGUCAUUUGUUGAUCGAGCUACCAUGUUGCUUCAUAAAAAGAUUUUGAUGGGUGACGUCAAAAAGGGUGACAAUUUUUCACCUUAUGCUUUGGCAAUGAAUACCAGUGCUAGUAUUUCUUCCAAUGCUUCACAAGGGAAGUCAUCUACGGAAUCUCCUACAAAGGGAUCUCAUAGUGAAGGACUGGUCAGCUAUAGAAGUUAUUCCUUUGGACAAGAAGGUAUUGUGAGUACAUUGAGUCAUAAGACAAGAGGUGGAGUUUUAAGUUUAAGUCAAUACGAAGAUACUUUUGGUAAGAUUCAAGAAGCAAAUAUUGUUUCUAAUUUCCACAAUCUGUCUAUUUCACAAUUGAAAUUCAGUCAAUUUGAAAAUUUCACAUAUGACAAUUUGAAUAAUAAUUUGAUCCCCAGUAUUUUGCACAAUUUGAAUGACUUUUUAAAGUAUAAUGAUUUUAUUAAGUUCGGGAAAUUCAAUUGGUAUGUUAAAAGAACCAUUCCAUUAGAUUCAAUUAUUUUAAUGUUCAUUAUCAUCAUUGUUAAAUUCAAGUAUGAAUUUAUCACUGUUAAUGAGUUAAUUGUCUAUGUUAAGUUGAUCAACAAAGCCCUUUUCAUUCUUAUUCGAAAAUGGUUCAAGAAUGAAAAGUACAAACGUAUGUUAUCACUUACUAAUUUAGCUUGGGAUUAUAUUUUAAAGAAAUAUAACAUCAUUAACAUUGUGAAUCAAUACAUUGAUAAAUUCGGAGGUGAAGAUGAAUCGAAAGUUGAAUAUUUUGAUUAUGAAAUGACAAAAUUUGUGAAUCUUAAUGAUUUAUUUUCCAUUAUGGAUGUUCCACUGCCAAUUUUACCUGACGAUAUACCAUAUAAACUUGUCAAUGGGAAUAAUUAUCAUCACAUGAAUUCACAAGUUUCCUUUGGGGGAAGUAACUCUUCCAAGUCUCAGAAUGGGAAUUGGCAAUCAAUAACCAUGUCUCCAGCAAGUACACAGGGAAGUAAUGGAAGCACCAAUGAAAUGAUUGAAAUACACACAAAAAAGCAUAUGCCAAAUGCUUUAAUUACUCGGGAAGAUACUCAUAUAACAAAGGAUGUCAAACUAGAGGUGAUGCAAUUGAAUGAAAAGAUUUAUUAUGAUUUACGGAAUAAUUUUGUGGAUAUUAAUGAUUAUUGUGCCUUUUACUCAAGUUUGGAAAACAUUUUGCAUGCGUUGAUGGAUUAUAUCAAUUGUGAUUCGUGA